UUGUCUCACACCGUCAAUCCGUUCUCGACCGUCGAAGAAUCCAACAAGUGUUCUCACGACAUAUCCAGCUAAACUACUAUAAGAUAUUGCCAAAAUUACCGAUUUUGCCGAAACGCGGUUGUAUUCAAAUUUUUAAUCGAAAUUUUUUCAACUCCGUCGUUCGGAUUCGGUCUUCCGCAAUCAACGUGUGACACCGUCGCCAGGACACGUAUUUUUGUGCAGCAUUUUCUACAUACUUAAGCACCUUUCCGCAGCGACGGCCAAUAUGAGAUUCGCGAUAAUUGGAUUCUUAGUGCUGGUGAUGGGCGCCGCCGUCAAAGCUCACAUACACUUCAUCAGGCUGGCUCUACUGGCGGCCAUGGGUCUGGCUGGCAUGUGGAUGAUGCACAAACUCGCACAAGACUGGCACAAGAUUUCAUCAUCUGGCAAGCCCGCCAAGCCAGCAGCCAUGGCCGGAAAACUUUUGGGACUCUGGAAGAGAUCCUUACCCGACGAGCACGUUUCCGCUUAUGUCGAAGAGUCACUGACUGAUUUCUACAAAUUCGACGAAAUUCUCAGGCAAGACAGGUCGACGUGUGCGAGGAAAAUGAUAUGUCAAAUCGCGGCUACGCCUGAAAAUCAACUCAACCAAGUGGAGAUCAAUCUGCUCAAACUGCUCAGCCCCACCGAACACUUUGGCGAAAAUAUGGCAAAGAACAUAUUCCGAAAGGCCAUGGACCUGGGUCGGAGUAAAAAGGACGUGAAGGCGUGUCAUUCAGAGUAUAAAAAAUGAAGAUUCAACACAAGGCAAAUGUUUAAAUUAUUCACUUCGUUCAUGUGACCCGGACUCAUCAUUCUGCUCCCGUUUGUUUUCUGUCGAUUUGAUGCGAGCCUGUAAAUUAUGUGCCAAAUACGUGUAUUAUUACUACUACUAUUAUUAUUAUUAUUUUAAUUAUUAUUAAUA